GCUUCGAGGAAGUUUAACGCGAACUGCUGAGAUGUCUGCGGAUUCCUAAAUCAUCGUACGGAUAGGAAAGAUGGAGUCCGGGGACGGUGCGAGCCGCUUCCCGUUCCCCUUUAAACCGUAUCCGAUCCAGGAGCGCUUCAUGGAGGCGUUGUACGCCGUGCUCGAGCAGGGCAAGGUGGGCAUCUUCGAGAGCCCCACCGGCACGGGGAAGUCUCUGAGUUUGAUCUGCGGUGCGUUGACCUGGUUGAAAGACUUCGAGGAGAAGAAACGCCAAGAAGCCGCGAAGCUCCUCGAGCUCACAGCGAGCGCGCGUGAUCCACGACUCGUAGGUGGCGCAGAAAAAGACGGAGAUGGAAUCGCUGUUCAGGAGAAGAAGGAGAACGAAAGCACCACUGGCACUGAUGGAGAGCUGGACUGGAUUUCGGAAUUCUUGCAGAAAAAAGAAGAGAGAGAGAAGCUGAAUAAGUUAAAGGAUGAAGAAAUGAAAAGGAAGAGGAGAGAGGACCGGCUGGAGUUGAUUAGACACAACACUCAGCUUAAAUACGCCAUGAAGAGAAAAAGCAGUGAAAAUGGCGAGACUGAAAAGCUGCUGCAGGUCAGCAAGCAGGAUGCAAGUUCAGAAGCAGGACCUAAUGAAGACGACGAGGACGGGCUCGUCGUUGCAGAUUACGAAAGCGAUGAAGACGCCACAUGCAAAAACAAGCUCUAUGAUGAGGAUGAUGAUGAAGAUCUGGAGGAAGAGCACAUCACUAAGAUUUAUUACUGCAGCCGUACACACUCACAGCUGGCCCAGUUUGUGCAUGAAGUGCAGAAGAGUCCGUAUGGAUCCACCGUCAGCUUGGUCAAUCUUGGGUCUAGACAGAAUCUGUGCAUCAAUCCAGAGGUGGCACGACUGCGGAGCGUUCAGAUGAUCAACGAUCGCUGCAUGGAGCUGCAAAAAAAUAAACAUGAUAAACAGAACAAGGAGGACUCUGAGGCGGAGUCUAAGCGCCGCCGUGGUCCCAUCAAAGCGACCUGCGCGUUCUCAGGCUACGAGAAGAUGAUGGCGAUGAGGGACGAGGUGCUGGCAGGCGUCAGAGACAUCGAGCAGCUCGUGCAGCACGGCCGAGACACGCACACCUGCCCGUAUUACAGCACACGACUGGCUAUCCCUGCAGCCCAGGUGGUGGUGUUGCCGUAUCAAUCGCUACUUCAUGCUGCGACUCGCAAGGCGUCCGGGAUCAAACUGAAGGAUCAGAUAGUCGUUAUCGACGAGGCGCACAACCUGGCGGACACGAUCACGGCACUGCACAGCGCAGAGAUCACUGGAGCACAGCUCUGCAGGGCUCACUCACAGCUCUCACAGUACUGCAACCGCUACAGGAGCCGUCUGAAGGCCAAGAAUCUGAUGUACAUCAAGCAAAUCCUGUUUGUGCUGGAGGGACUCGUGCGCACUCUUGGAGGGAAGGUGGGCAUGAAUCCCGUGACUCAGAGCACUCAGUCAGGAACUGAACUUUUAACCAUUAAUGACUUCCUGUUCAGAGCACAAAUAGACAACAUCAACUUGUUCAAGUUACAGAGAUAUUUUGAGAAGAGUCUGAUCAGCAGGAAGUUGUUUGGAUUUUCUGAGAAGUAUGAAGGGAGCGGUGUUAGCACACACACAAGCUCUGUGAAUAAGGAGAAUCGUAGGACAGAAGGACUUGGACGCUUCUUGCAGGGACUUCAGAGUAAAGCUACAGUUCCUGUCGAGCCUCAGGGUUCAGCAGAAGACGGGCCGAUGGCGUCGCCUAUGAUGCUUGUGGAAAGCUUCCUGUUCUCUCUCAGCAGCGCCAACAAGGAUGGAAGAGUGGUGAUGGAAAAACAAGCAUGUCUGGCUCAGAGCAGUGUGAAGUUCCUGAUGCUAAAUGCAGCAGUUCAUUUCGCACAAGUUCUCCAAGAAUGCAGGGCCGUGGUGAUCGCCGGAGGAACCAUGCAGCCUGUCUCCGAUUUUAAGGAGCAGCUUCUCCUGUCAGCUGGAGUCUCUAGUGAACGCAUUGCUGAGUUUUCAUGUGGUCAUGUCAUCCCCCCGGAGAAUAUUCUACCCAUAAUCCUCUGCACCGGACCGUCUGGACAAGAGCUAGAGUUUACCUUCCAGACCAGAGAUACACCACAGAUGAUGGAGGAGACAGGGCGUGUUCUGUCCAACCUGUGCAACGUGGUUCCAGGAGGCGUGGUCUGUUUCUUCCCUUCCUACGAGUACGAGAGGAGAAUUCUGGCGCACUGGGAGAGUAACGGCGUCCUGCAGAGACUUGCAGCCAAAAAGAAGAUCUUCCAGGAACCGAAGAAAGCGAGUCAGGUGGAACAGGUGCUGUCUGAAUACUCCAAGUGCAUCCAGCGCUGCAGCAAUGCUGGAGGUGGCCAGUCAGGGGCGCUGUUGUUCUCUGUGGUUGGAGGAAAGAUGAGUGAAGGGAUUAACUUCUCCGACGAUCUGGGCAGAUGUAUCGUGAUGGUCGGGAUGCCGUACCCCAACAUCAAGUCCCCAGAACUACAGGAGAAAAUGGCGUAUUUAGACAAGCACAUGCCUCAUGUGGAGGGUAAAAGUCCAGGGAAGGCUUUAAUUGAAAACCUGUGCAUGAAGGCGGUCAACCAGUCAAUAGGCCGAGCGAUCCGUCACAGGGGCGACUACGCCUGCAUCGUGUUGUGUGACCGGCGCUACGCCCGCGCUGGCACGCUGCAGAAACUUCCUGAGUGGAUCCGAAGCAGCACACGCGCGCACGGCAACUUCGGACCGGCCUUCGCCAGCAUCAGGAAGUUUUUCCUGGAGAAGCGACAGACGCAGCCCUGAGCAGAGAGCGACACAACCUCAAUCCACCUCCCCCUCCGCCAGUCUCCAGAUGCAACUACGGCUUUGUCUUUAGAUUUUUGUUUUGUUCGAGACCAAAGUCUUGUUAAUGUAGUUGUGCAAUCCUGUAAAAGCCAUAUAAAUAAAUAACGUCUCCUGCAGUGUGUGUGGGUGUACAGAUAUUCAGUUCGAAUCCACGUUCAUGUGAAUAAAGUUCACACAGUUUAAUAUGAACAUUUAAAGUUAAUAUACACAAAGACAUGUAAUGUGAAAUGUUACACAAUAAAUUCACUCACACAUCUGGUUUGUAGUGUUUUUUUUUUAUUAUUAUUUCUGUCCGAUUCAUGGUUCUAGAAAUCCAGAACUUCUCCACAUUUAGGGCUUCCUGCACACGUCCUG